AUGUCGGCAGCUCUGUGUGUGACCGUGCUGACAGUCAACAUGUUCCUGAGUGUCUUCUGUCCUCCAGGAGUUUUGGCUGAUGAUUGUGAAGGUGUCACAUCCAGUCACUUCAUCAGUGCACCAAAGAAGAUGGAAGCUCUGAGUGGAACUUGUUUGCUGAUCCCAUGCGGCUUUACUCCUAAAGAUCUGCUCACCAGUAGCGAAGUCUCUGCAGGUUGGAUUAAACGUGGAGAUGAUGUUUAUGACAUCAGUAAUACAGUAAAAACCUUUACAGUAAACAUGAUGGGAAACCUGACAGAGAAAAACUGCACCUCUGUGUUUUCUGGUCUAAACACGAAUCAUUCAGGGGAAUAUUUCUUCAGAGUCGAGAUGAGAUGGUUCAAGGCAACAGCUGUCUGUGAUCCUCUUCAUGUGACAGUUAAAGAUUCUGCCUGGAGUCCCAGCAUUGAAGUCUCAGGUGAUCUGAAGGAGGAGGAGUCUGUCUCCAUCACCUGCUCAGCUCGGACUCCCUGUCCACACUCACCUCCUGAACUCACCUGGAGUCUCCAACAAGACUCUCAGAGAACAGAGAAGAACACAGAUGGAACGUUUACAACUAAAAUCCAGGAGAACAUCACUCUGUCAGACACACAUGAUGGAGACAACAUCACAUGUUCUGUCAGAUAUCCUGUGGAUGGAGGGAAACGUAACAAGACAGCAGAAACAAGUCUGACUCUCAGUGUUUCCUAUGCUCCUAAAGACACCUCAGCAUCCAUCAGUCCAUCAGGUGUGGUGUCAGCAGGUAGCUGGGUGGAGCUGAGCUGCUCCAGCAGAGCCAAGCCUCCUGCCAGAACCUUCACCUGGUUCAGGAACAGCAAACCUGGACCUGUUCUUGUUUAUGUGGGUCAGGUUUACAAGUUCAACGUCUCUGAGGGAGGAGAGUUUUACUGUGUGGCUCUAAAUGAUCUGGGUAACCAGACGUCACCUGUGGUUCUUCUUAACUUAGAAGAUUCUGCCUGGAGUCCCAGCAUUAAAGUCUCAGGUGAUCUGAAGGAGGAGGAGUCUGUCUCCAUCACCUGCUCAGCUCAGACUCCCUGUCCACACUCACCUCCUGAACUCACCUGGAGUCUCCAACAAGACUCUCAGAGAACAGAGAAGAACCCAGAUGGAACGUUUACAACUAAAAUCCAGGAGAACAUGAUUCUGUCAGACACACAUGAUGGAGACAACAUCACAUGUUCUGUCAGAUAUCCUGUGGAUGGAGGGAAACGUAAGAAGACAGCAGAAACAAAUCUGACUCUCAGUGUUUCCUAUGCUCCUAAAGACACCUCAGCAUCCAUCAGUCCAUCAGGUGUGGUGUCAGCAGGUACCUGGGUGGAGCUGAGCUGCUCCAGCAGAGCCAAGCCUCCUGCCAGAACCUUCACCUGGUUCUGGAACAGCAAACAUGGACCUGUUCUUGUUUCUGAAGGUCAGGUUUACAGGUUCAACGUCUCUGAGGGAGGAGAGUUUUACUGUGAGGCUCUAAAUGAUCUGGGCAACCAGACGUCACCUGUGGUUCUUCUUACUGUUGAAGAGAACCGGAUGUUUGGGCUGAGUCUUCAUGUUACACUGCAGAUCCUGGGGAUUUUAACUCUCUGUUCUUCAAUCAUCAUCCUUGAGUGCGGGAUCAGAUCAAGGUUCUUCAAAAAACCAAAGAAGUCCUUCUUCUCAGUGGCCUCCAAGUCUUCUACUCUCCUUGGAACAACAACAGCGACCACCAUCGUCAACCUGUGA